CUGGAUUACAUCCGAGCCAGUCAAUUCUCCAGACAUUCCUGGGGUCUCGUUUCUUGUGAUGGAGGAAUCCUGUCAGGGGAAAGUUUUUGCAGCGAGUCUGGACUUUCGCUUUAUGACUUCUCUUUGAACUCCGGUGUCUUCUUCCUGUUCUGUAUCGGAGGGGGAAGUGAGGCUCCGAAUUAACUGCUCUGCUGGCGUUUAUAAAGAUGACCCGACUCCGCGGAUAAUCCGGGGUAAGAGAAUGUCUAUUUGCUACCAGUUCCUGUUGGAUUUACAGCAGUGAUUGAUUUUCACGUCAUGUUUCCUCGCCCUCUGUACCAAAUGCCGGUAGGAUUUCAAAUGGGGGCUGCUGGGCCACACAGUGGGGGUGCUGCUGCUGAUCUCCGGCGGAUUGCGUCUCACCCGCUGUCUCGCGGUAGCAGGGGCAACAGCACACUUCUGCCCUCGAUGCUGAUGUUUGGGGUGAUUGUAGCGUCUAGCGGUCUGCUUCUUAUGAUAGAGAAGGGCAUCCUGGCAGAAGUGAAAACCCCCCCACCUAUGGGUGAUCAUGCAUGGCGCCCACACAGCAGAUCUCUAACCAGCGAGUUCAGUGAGGAUGACGUGGAACAGCAGAUUCUGCAGGACAUAAGAAACCGGACAAUGAGUGGCAUCUGCGGGCAGAAGAACAUGCCCCACACGGUGUGGGAACUGCCUGUUCUGCAGCGAAAGACGGUCCUCAAACAUAUACUCGUCAACGACAAGUACCGGUUCCUUUACUGCUACGUGCCCAAGGUGGCCUGUUCGAACUGGAAGCGGGUGCUCAAGGUCUUGGAUGGGUCUCUGGAAAGCGUAGACGUGAAGGUGAAGAUGGACCACAAGAAUGACUUGGUGUUCCUGUCAGAUCUCAGCGCGGAGGAGAUCAAGUACCGCCUGAAACACUACUUUAAGUUCAUGUUUGUCAGGGACCCCAUGGAGCGGCUGCUGUCAGCUUACAGAAAUAAGUUCGGAGAAAUGAAGGAAUACCAGCAGAGGUACGGGGUGGAAAUAGUUAAGAGGUACCGGAAGCACGGCCGCGACUCAGCGGGGGAUGACGUCACCUUCUCCGAGUUUCUCCGCUACUUGUUGGAUGAAGAUGCGGACCGGAUGAACGAGCACUGGAUGCCGAUGUACAACCUGUGCCAACCGUGCGCGGUCAGCUACGACUUCAUCGGCACUCACGAGAGGCUCCAGGAGGACGCCAACUAUGUUCUGGAUAACGUGAACGCCCCGUCUUCUGUACGAUUCCCCGAGAGACAAGCUUGGUACAAACCAGUCACCAAAGAGACCCUGAAUUAUUUCCUGUGUAAUACCCCUAAGGGGUUAAUCAAAGAGCUUCUACCGAAGUACAUACUGGAUUUCUCCCUCUUUGCUUAUUCCUUACCAAAUAUCACCAGUGAAAGUUGUAGGCAGUGAUGAUGUCAUUUAUAUUAUCCAUUCACCUUGAUAUCCUUU